AGCAGGCCCAUUUAGGUAUACCGCAAUAAGGUUGCUACGAUCCACGCGUCGUAUCGCGCGAGAGCAAUAUUGUCACUGUCACUGGCCUACUACUCGGAUGUGAAGUUGAUGUUUUGAUCAUAAAAAUAGAUAGUUUUUAUUUUCGUCAUAGCUAAUAGGAAAACGACGCGCUUUUUGAUCUUGUUGUGGGUGAUCGCGAGUGAUAAUUACUGCCUGUUGACGUGUGAAGUGCCAGAUGGAUCGUCAGCGAGAAUUUUUAGAACACACAAAAUGACAAGAAACAGCAAGGCAGAGGUAACCCGAUGAUGUUCAUGAUCUGUGUGGAGAUUUGAGAGCGGCGUGUGUUCGCGAUCGUUUGAAUGGUGGUGAAGAAGGGUGGCCAGUGUAGGGUAGGAAAAUGGUGAUCAGCGCCCCCGGCAAGAUGUUUCUGGUGACCUGCUUGCUGUUCGCAAUGUGCGUGGCUCUGUUCUUUACGGUGGUCACGAUGAAGAAGAACGAACGGAUGCUCCAGUGGGAAAACUUUAUGCGACGGGGCCAAUCCAGGCUGACGGAAUCCGGGGCCACCAACCAUUGGUACUUUGUGGUCAGAGACCUGGACAAAAUCAAAGCCAUAUCGGAGGUGCGAAACAUCGAACGUGCGACGCGACUCGAGCAGACUGCCACCGGUUUCGUAGUGCAGGGCCUAGACUACGAAAUUGUGUUCGACCGUGUCUCGGCGCCGCCGAGCGAACCGGAAGACUACGCCCUGUCGUUGGUCAAGCGGAGAUUAUACCGGUGGGAUGCCAAACCGCGCAACUACGACGAUAAGGGUUGAUUGACGACGACAGUGAGGAAUGUGUAGAGUGUGUGUGGAGAAUAGGUGGCUCAUGAUAAUCAGA